GAUAAACUGGACAAAGAAAGAAAUCAGACAGAGAUAGGCGGGCUAUUGGGUACAGAGCACCCAGUCACCCAGCUACCUGUGACGGAGCACCCAGAUGUUACAUCAGGAACACCGAUGCCAGGAGAGGCCCUGGUAACUGGAACGGGUGCCAGUCUGGUUGACUCUCCUGGACCUGAGCUGUUCCAUCCCGUGGCGGCAGCACCAGGUUGCCAACAGGCUGGGGUACCAGCGGGCCUACAGCUUUUGGGAGACGCCAUCUCCAAGUUUGGCUUGGACCUGUUCAAGGAGAUUUUACAGGAGACCAGCAAACCCAAUGUUAUCAUUUCCCCAUUGAGCAUUGUACUGGGACUUGCUCAACUCAGCCUGGGUGCUGUGAAUGAGACAGAGAAACAAAUUGAACGAUCCCUGCACCUCCUGUCUCUGAACUGCUCCCACUACACCCUGUGCUCUAGUAUCGAGGGCUUCCGCAAGUCCAUCCUGACUGUCGCCUCUGCCAUCUACGUUCAGAAAGGAAUUCACAUUAACCCCGACUUCAUCAAAGACUCAAUGAGGUUUUACAGCUCUGAGCCGCAGCUUCUGACUGGGGUCAAUACAAAGGACACAAAAGCAAUUAACUCGUGGGUGCAGGAGAAAACAGGCGGCAAAAUUAAAACAUUCUUCAACAAGCUGCCAAGUAACAUCAUUCUCUUGUUGCUGAAUGCCAUCCAUUUCAAAGGGUUAUGGCAGGUACAGUUUGAUCCUCUCGCAACCUCCAAUGACGUCUUUUACAAGGAGGAUGGGAGUUCUGUCCAGGUUGCAAUGAUGCAGCAUCCCAAAUACCCACUCAGUAGUUUCCACGACGAUGAUCUACAGAUUGACGUUGCCAGAUUAUCCUUCAAACAAAACAUGAGCUUUAUUGUUGUGAAACCGAUGGGGACGUGGAAACUCGACAACGUUGUGUCCAAACUGAACAUCACGGAUCUACUGGCCCGGAUUUUCAAGGCUCGUCCAAUGCCAGUCAAGAUCCCAAAACUCAACAUCAACUUUGAUGUUGAACUAAACCAAGCCUUGAAGAAACUUGGCCUUGGCAAACUGUUCUCGAACCCAGACCUGCGCAGGAUCUCGUCCAUGCCUCUGGUUGUGUCCAGUAUUCAGCACAAGGCAAUACUGGAGCUGAAAGAGGAGGGAGUACAGGCUGCUGCUAGCACAGGCAUUGCUGUCAAUCGCUCCUUCAUGAAGUGUACCAUCAACAGGCCAUUUUUCUUCAUCAUCCGCGAUGAUAUCUCCGGAAUCCCCAUCUUCCUUGGGACUAUCAAAGACCCAAAACCACAACUUCAGGCUGGAACCCAUGAGAAAUUGGUGGUGAAUCUUGAGAGAAUGAGGAAGGUAAAAGUGGUGACAAAUCCCAAGUGAGAUCUCAGCUGGGCUCUGUUGGUGGGAUCUGCUGGUAGCGUCUGGUGUCAGUCCAAUCUGGUGACAUCAGGUUGCAGAUUUUUUUUAAACAAAUGAAUAAACAAUAAUUCGCACUGUC